AUGGAUUCUAUGGUUACAUUUCAUUCUAAUAAUAUGAAUGAAGAAUUACCAUUGAUUGAAUUAAAACAUUUAACAUACGUUUCUUUUAAAUUUGAACAUAUUAUUAAUUUUUAUGAUUUUGAAAAAAUCAUAAAAAAGUUUUUCUAUUAUGUUCAAACUUUACGUCUUACAGUAAAGGAUGAUGAAACAUAUUUACAUGCUAAACGAUGGCAAACAUUAAUAACAUCUUCAAUGCCACAUUUACGUGUUUUUGACAUGAAUCAUAGUAUUGAUGUUGAAGAUUAUGAUGAUAGAGACUACCAUAGUUUAAUUUCUAGUUUUUAUUCUUCAUUUUGGCGUGAAAGACAAUGGCAUUUUUUACAUCGACAUGAAUGGAGCGCAUUGGGACCUGAUAAAAGAGUUUUGUCUUCAUCAAAUUUACAUAGGUAA